UGCCUGUUUAUAAUAGCGUUCUAUAAUGUAGUGACUAGCAUGAGGUAUCCGAAAUUGAACAUCGUCACCAUCACGGACGGUCCCUUCCAGGGUUCCGGUAUUGCGCCCAUGCAGAGCACCUUUCGGGUGGCGAUUGACAAUAUGCGGCAAAAGUAUCGCGGACUGUAUGAGGAUUAUUCCGAGACGCACUUGGCCAUCGAGGACAAUGCGACCGCUUGUCGGAUCGAGGGAAACGUCAUUGUGCUGAAUCUCCUGCAGCAGUGGUACGGCAGCGGAGUGUUCAAUCAAAACGGACUAACGGUCAUCCUUACAUCCGUUUGUGCGCCGGCUUACCUUGUAAUUGGAGAUUUCGCAAGAGAAAUGGAUUUGCUGACUGUUGCAUGUGGAUCGGUGGAGAUCAGCCAGCGCUACCCGAACGCCAUUGCCGUAACGCUGGGAUCCGUGAAGACUUACGCGGAAGCGUAUACAACCGUCAUGAGCCACUUUCAGUGGAGGACAGUGGCGGUAAUAAACGACCGUUUAAGCCAGUCUGUGUUCGGGGCCCGUAGCACAGAAAUGUGCCGUGGUCCAGUGGAGAGACUGCAGGAUCUGGCGGCGGAGUUCAAUUUCCUUAUCGUCGAUACGGACUCCACACUGGGAUCGUUUCGGAAAGCGCUACAGGAAGCCCGCCAACAUAGCCGCGUGAUCCUCUGCUGUACACUGCAUACUGGGAUGCGCCGACUUCUGGCUGACGCGUAUGACCUCAAUAUGACAUCCGGAGAUCAUGUGUUCGUGUACUUGUACGAAUUCCAGAUCCCUCUGGAAUAUCCUUUAUCCUGGCAGCAUGACGAUGCUCUGGACGAGAAAGUCUGGUAUGGCAUUCAGAGCGUAAUCAGUAUCCGUUCAGCCGUGGUCGACUGGACGAAAUAUGAUGCCACGGCGGAAGCUAUUAAUGCUCGACGAAAAGAGAUUUUCGGUACACAACCGAAUCCGGAGAAUAAGUUCAAUGAAUUCGCUAUGAUCUGUUAUGAAGCGGCAGAAGUAUUAUCUUACGGUCUGAAUGCGACUCUUAAUUCCGACCAGACAAUACUGACUAAUGAUAACGGUAUGCUACACAUUGAGCGAAACCAGUUUACCAAGAGUAUCAUCGGGAAAACACUGCACCUGAGCUUUCGCGACGCGAGUUUUCUACCGUCCGGACAGCGCAGACCGGAAAUUGUCGUGCAGCAGUUCAACGCGCUUGCCAAUGAUUUCGUUGAUGUUUUCCACUAUGACUCCGUCUCGCGAAGUUUAAUACCCGUUCCUGGUCGUUCCAUUGAGUGGCCCAGCGGUAUCAAGCCGGUGGAUCGCCCGGUGUGCGGUAUGCGCGGUGAACUGUGCGGAACUAACUGGAAACCCGGCACCACCGUGGCCAUUGUCAUUGUGGCAGUUGUCGUUCUGGUGAUUACCUUUAUCUGCUGCCGUAUUCGAAGAGCCCGUCAUGCAACCAGAUGGUGGGAGAUUAAGGAGGGCGGUCCCAGUACCGACGGCUACAGUGUCCUGCCGGUGAAAUCCACCAAUCUGUCCUCCUUGUCGGCUAAUCAAGACACUACAGCCAAACUUACACAACGUUUGUUUCUGGUGAAUGGCGUUAAAGCCUACAGAAGGACGCUGCUGUGGGAUCCACAAUGGCAGUGUUCGGCUGGCAAAAGGCUGAACCAGUAUUUACUCCAGUUGAAAAGACCAGAUCAUGAAAAUAUCAACGCUUUUGUUGGACUAUCAAUUGGCAUCCGCCCGCCGACAAUCUAUUUCCAAUUCUGCUCCAAGGGAUCCGUAGAGAAUCUCAUGGAAAACGUUACCAUCGAUUACACUCUCAAAUUAUCCCUCAUCCAAAAUUUAAUUGCGGGAUUAUCUUACCUUCAUCUGUCGGCGAUUAAAUUACACGGCAACCUGCAGAGCAGCAAGUGCUUAGUCGAUCAUUACUUUACGCUGAAGAUCUCCGAUUAUGGGCAAGAAAAGCUGAGUGUGCUGUUGCGGAAGAAGCAGCUGCGGCAUUUGCGCCGGGAGUUGACGGUGAAGCGGCCUUUCUUCCCGGUCAACGUUUGGAUGGCGCCGGAAGUAAUGAGAGGCCACGCACCGAUGCCGGCUUGUGAUGUUUAUGCUGCGGGAAUUGUUUGCCAUCAGAUUGUUAUGGAAUGUAGCGCGUUUGGGUUGGACUGCUAUGGAACACGAUGGGAGUCUUUGAUGGAUAUUAAAGCACUGACCAUCAAUGAAGUUAUAAAGAGAAUACGCACCGGACAAGUUCCGCCAUUUCGUCCCUCGUUUCCGAAGAGUUUCGAGAAGGAAACUGGAAACUUUUGA